UGUUCGUACAGGCGGUGUAGAACAGGCCAGUGCCAAGGCAGAAUGACAGGUGGGAGGUUCAAGGACAAGGUUGUCAUCGUUACAGGGGGCUCCAAGGGCAUAGGGCGGGGAUGUGUGGACGUAUUCGUUGAGAAUGGCGCUAAAGUGGUAUUCUGUUCAAGGGGAGUUGAGGAAGGCAAGAAGGCAGAAGCGGAAGUGAAUGCUGUAGGACCUGGAACGUCUCUCUUUGUUCCUUGUGACGUCAAUAAAGAGGAUCAAAUCAAGAAUGUCGUGGAGAAAACGAUCGAAGCCUUUGGUCAGAUAGACUGCCUCAUUAACAAUGCUGGCUAUCAUCCGGAGCACCAAACCAUCGACGAAUUUUCGGCAGAUGAUUUUCGAAGUUUGUUCAACCUUAACGUUGUAAGCUAUUUCCUCUUCGCCAAGUUCUGUUUGCCCCAUCUCAGGAAGACACGGGGAAGUAUUAUCAACAACUCCAGUCUGGUAGCUGAAAUUGGUCAGAAAGGGGCCGUUACGUAUGUAGCCACAAAGGGUGCCAUAACAUCUAUGACAAAGGCCCUGGCCAUAGACGAAGCACGACAUGGAGUUAGGGUGAACAGCAUUGCACCAGGCAAUGUUUGGACUCCUUUGUGGGAAUCUUUAGGCAAAUCCACGGAAGAUUUCGAGAAAACCAAGAAAAGCGGGGACGAUGCACAGCUUAUUGGACGAAUGGGUACAAUUCGGGAGUGCGGUGAAGCAUGCCUGUUUCUUGCUGCAGAGGGCCAAUUCUGUACCGGGAUCAACCUACUUUUGUCCGGUGGUGCCGAACUUAAAUACGGCCAUAAAAAUCAAAUGCAGGGGACAGAAUCUGUGUUUGGUUAGUGGCUAAUGCGGUACUAAAAUAUCACAUUCCGGUUCUCUAUUGUGCUUGAUUUAUAGUGCCCUCACUUUAUGGAUGCAUCUUAAGAUAAUUUGUACUUUGUUUUAAUUUUAAAUCAUUGUUUUAAUCUACUUUUUUAAUCUACUGCCACAAACAUAUGUAAGUACAUGUACACGAGAGUGUUGAUGUGUGUCGUUCUUUGACAGCGUGUAUACUGUCAAUUCGAAACAUUGCUGUUUUGGGGUUUCAGUCGCCUUUUGUCAAUAAGACUGAUUCGGUAGAUAUUAUGUAAUACUGACCUACAGAUGAGAGCAUGCAAGCUCAGAUUUCAUACCAUAUCGCAUGGUAUUGCCGAUGUAUUUGUAUUUGCAUUUAUUAAUUAUGCAAUUUUUAUCAUACUCACACGAAAAACUGGACCUCUUAGGUCUUCAUAUAUAUAUAUAUAUUUUUUUUUUUUGCGAUUGGUGUUUUACGCCGUACUCCAGAAUAUUUCACUUAUACGACGGCGGCCAGCAUUAUGGUGGGUGGAAACCGGGCACAGCCCGGGGGAAACCCACGACCAUCCGCAGGUUGCUGGCAGACCUUCCCACUUACGGCCGGAGAGGAAGCCAGCAUGAGCUGGCAUGAGCUAUGUAUAGAUCACCUUUAAGUUUGAACAAAGUUUGAUGCCGAAGAAAGUCUUCAUAUUUCAUGAAAAUAAGUCAGCAAUGAAAGUUUGCCACUCAGCUGUGUACCAUCUUUCUUGUUAACGGGUUGGCGACCAACAACGUCGUGCCUUCGAAUUUAUCCCCAACACACCUCACCACCGCAACCCAAGUUUAUACAGUGAGCAGAUUGGCAUGGCUGUGCAGCGGUUCUUUAGCAUUCUUAACAAUCUUGAGAAGGAGGUGCUUACACUUCAAAUCUUUGAUAUACGUGUAUUCAAGAGACAAUGUCUUUGGCUUCUUGAACUCCAAGAUCCACGAAUAAAUACUGAUUACGACACAGAGGUAAGCUGGCAACACAGCCGGGACGAAGAAGCAGUAAAGGGGGAGCAACUCUUGAGACCAUAUUGCCGACUGCUGCAGGAUAAGUUCUUCAACUCUAAUGAUUAGCUUCAGAUGCAUCGCUUGGAUGUUUGAUGUACCACCCGGUUUUACCUCAAAGGCGAUGUAUUAUUGUAAUCAUUACCUUCUGAGAAGCAGCGCUGGUCUAACUAUAUUUGCUGAAAUGCAUGAUGAACGCCUGAGGCUCGGAGGCGGCAGAACACUGGAAGGACAUAGGCCUAAAACUGCGCCGUAAGCCAUUAUGAAAUAUCGGCGCGAAUGUGGACGCAUGUAGAUCUAGUUCAGGUACAAGACUUUUUCAUCAGCUACUUCAAAACCUGUCUGGGUGAAUAAACU